GUUCCGCGGUCACACUUCAAGUGACUAGGCAUCAUUUUGGCAACAAAAAAUAUCGUCAAAAACAUAGUUUUUCUGUUUAAUUAAUAACAAAACCCAUAAUGUCUGCACCCGAUAAGGAAAAGGAGAAAGAGAAGGAGGAGACCAACAACAAGGGCGAGGACUUGGGUCUCCUGGAGGAGGACGACGAGUUCGAGGAGUUUCCCGCCGAAGAUUUCCGCGUUGGCGACGACGAGGAGGAGCUCAAUGUGUGGGAGGACAACUGGGACGACGACAAUGUGGAGGACGACUUCAGCCAGCAGCUGAAGGCCCAUCUGGAAAGCAAGAAAAUGGAGACGUAAACCGGUGGCCCCUUUGUUCAAUCCUAACCAUAAAAACGAGCUGAGCUGUUUUGCAGUUUAUAGAAUAAAAUCAGUAUAUUAAGUGGAGUUCAA